AUGGCAUUUCGUUUUACCGUUUUAGCUGCAUUGAUUUUGAUCUCUUUAGCAAUUAAUUAUUGCUUCAGCCGACCCCAGUCCUCUUCAGGAUUUUUGUUGCUGACAAAACAAGUCCAGGUAGUGCAAGCGAAUGGCGACGUCUGCAAAGAUCCAAACCUUGUAGAAGCAAAUGAUUUUUUCUUAAGCGGUCUGCUACUGAAAGGGAACAUCUCCAAUGCUCUGGGAUCAGCCGGUGUAGUAUCACUGAUCCGAGUUGACUAUGCAUUUUGGGGAAUUAUGCCUCCUCAUAUUCAUCCUGACGCUUCAGAGAUUAUGACAGUUCUUGAAGGAACUCUUGAAGCAGCUUUUGUCACUUCCAGCCCUGAAAAUCGUCUCAUCAAGAAAGCCUUGCAGAAGGGAGAUGUCUUUGUGUUCCCGAAAGGUCUCAUCCAUUUCCACCGCAAUGUAGGAAACUCUAGUGCAGCUGCCAUUUCUGCUUUUUACCGCCAAAACCCUGAUUUUAUCAGCAUUGCAGACACGGUCCUUGGAUCAAAUCCUCCUAUCACCAUUGAUGCUCUCCUUAAAGCUUUCCAAGUGGAUAAGAAUGGGAAAGUGCAGUGUAGCCAGUUCAACUACUUCGAGUUCUUAUCCAAAUCAUUAAACUUUUCUUUUGCACUAAACAACCUUCUCAAGUUCUUUGAAGUAAUUGAAUCAGCUCAUUCCCACAAAACUUAA